AUGGAAGACAUUGCAUAUAAGGAGUGGAGCGAUCAUCUUGAUUUUGUUGCCAGCUCUCGUGCGAGUCCUUGGCUACCUGCUUACGGCUAUCAUCCACCUUCACCCAUCCAAGAAAUUUUUCAGGCACAACCUGAUCCUUUUCUUUCUGUAAAUUAA